AUGUCCUAUGACCGCUACGUUGCCAUCUGCAAGCCCCUGCACUACGGGACCUUGAUGGACAGCAGAGCUUGUGCCACCAUGGCAGCAGCUGCCUGGGCCACUGGGGUUCUUUAUUCCCUGCUGCACACUGCCAACACAUUUUCACUGCCUCUCUGCCAAGGCAAUGCCAUCAAUCAGUUCUUCUGUGAAAUUCCCCAGAUCCUCAAGCUCUCCUGCUCAAAAUCCUAUCUCAGGGAAGUUGGGCUUAUUGUAUCUUGUGUCCCAUUGGAGCUUGGGUGUUUUGUUUUCAUUGUUGUGUCCUAUGUGCAGAUCUUCAGGGCCGUGCUGAGGAUGCCCUCUGAGCAGGGACGGCACAAAGCCUUCACCACAUGCCUCCCUCACCUGGCUGUGCUCUCCCUGUUUCUCAGCACUGGCAUGGUUGCCUACCUGAAGCUGCCCUCCAUCUCCUCCCCACUCCUGGACCUGGUGGUGGCAUUUCUGUACUCUGUGGUGCCUCCCGCACUGAAUCCUCUCAUCUAUAGCAUGCGGAACCAGGAGCUCAAGGAUGCAGUGAGGAAAAUGAUGUCAUGGACAAAUAUCAGCAGGGGUCGUUCUCUCAUCUGUCUGAAUAAAUGA